AUGGUGCAGGUCGAAAAGCUCACGGCAAAGACCGUCCUCGAGGCACCCAACUACUCCCCUCCCGUGCCCAACGCCAAUGGCACCCAAGGGCUGUUCACAGUCUCGUCGUACGAUUUCGCGUCAGGGAAGCACACGCAGCAUCUUCGGGUCAUUGAUCUCGCGGGACUGGGCGUUUCCACCAUUGCCAGCGGCGAGAAUAUCCACGAUGCCCAUUGGAUCCCCGGGCCACAUGAUGAGAUCCUCUACCUGCAGUCCGAUGACAAGGGCAAGACGCAGGUGAAGAUUGCGAGGACGGGCGACCUACCUGGGGACCACGACUGGGUGAGGCAGAUUGAUGCGCCCAUUGCAAACUUGAAGUUAAAGCUGUUGAGAGAAGGUCAAGUGGCAUUCGUGUUCACAGGACUCGCAGGCGAUGACGGAGAGCUGUUCAAUGAGGAAGCUGUCGAGAAGAAGAACGCUGCUCGUGUGUUCGACACAACCUACGUCCGUACGUGGACGAGCUACUACAAGCCACAACGCUAUGGUCUCUGGUACACCAUCCUCUCCAAGAAGGACGGCCCCUGGGAGCUCAAGUGGCCCUGCCAUAAUCUCCUACACAACUCACCAGAUAUCGAGCCUCACUCCAUGUACGGCCCGUUUGGAAAUGCAUCCACUCACUACGAUAUUGCACCAAACGGAAUCGCAUUCAACGCGCGCAAGCUGGAAACCCACGAUCUCCAAGAGAAGCAGAACUCGUAUCCGCACUAUUGCCCUCUUGCCUCGUACGGAGCGCCGCCGGUAGCAAAGCCCGAACCCAUCGCCUUGCCAGGGAAUGUCAGCGCCGGGCAAGCGUCCAACAUGCGUCUGUCCCCCAACGGCGAGCACAUUGGCUUUUUCCACGCCUCGGCCGACGAUAUUAUCAACAUCAGACUGUACAUUGCCUCCACUACGGAUCUAGCCUCGUAUGACGCCUUCAAACGCAUCGAUCCGGAUGAGGAUCCUGAACACUAUGAGCCGCCCGCCAGCUUCGAAUUCGCCGGUCGCUCAGACACCAUCAUUAUGCAAAAGAAGGUCACGGGCCGCAUGGCCCUCGCACAGCUCGUCCUUAAACAGGGGGAGAAACCACGCUACUUCACCUUUGACGAUACUGUAGCGUCGUAUGCGCCUCUGCGAGCGGGGGAUUGGACGACGCUGCUUGUGGCUAGGACGAGUUUUCUCGAGAGCGCCUUGUGGCAGAUUGUCAACGUUCCUGGUGCGAGUGUCGACCAUACCAUCUUCUGCGCCACCAAGAAAGGGCGCAAGUACGGCUUGCACGAGGACAUGGUGUCGGAUAUCUGGUUCGAGGGUGCCGAUGGGCUCUGUGUCCACGCGUUGGUUGUCCGACCGAGCACGUUCGACGAGGACAAGAAAUAUCCCUGGGUGCUUGCGCUGCACGGUGGUCCGUUGGGGGACUGGUCAACGGGGUGGAGUCCAGGAUGGAAUGCAGCCGCAUGGGUUGAGCAAGGGUACAUUCUCAUCCUGCCCAACAUAUCAGGCAGCACAGGCUACGGCCUCGACUUUGCCAGACGCGUCAACGAUGAAUGGGGCGGCAAACCCUACCAAGACAUCGUGAACCUCGUCGAGCAUCUCGAGCAGAUACCAUGCCUGGACCACGCCAAGGGGAUCCUCACCGGUCAGAGCUACGGCGGGUACAUGAUGAGCUGGCUGUUCAGCCACGAGGUCUCCAAGCGAUUCUGUGGCGCCAUCUGGCAGGACGGCAUCUUCUCCAUACCGACCAUGCUCCUGCAGUCCGACGUCUCCCUCGAUACGGCGGCUUUUGGGACCAAGCCCCCCUAUCCGUGGGAGAACGCGGCGCAUCUGGAAAAGUUCAACCCCGCGAGACCGGAGCUGCUACGCAAAUGGGCUGCGUGCGCGCCGCCGACGCUCGUGGUCCACGGGGAGAAGGACUAUCGGUGCCCCGUGACAGAAGGACUGGCCGUGUUCAACACGCUGCAGACGCAGGGGGUGCCGAGCAGGAUGUUGCUGUUUGAGGAUGAGGGCCACAUUGUGGUGAAGCCGGAGAAUGCGCUGGUCUGUUAUGAGACUACGUGGGCGUGGAUGCAAAAGUGCGUUCAGGGGGAGUUUGACAAUACUCGGAGGAGUUGA